UACCCGGCGGACCAAUGGCAGCGAAGCACAGGGGGCGUGGCAUUCUUUUGGAGAAAAGAGGCAAAACAAUCUUUCAUCCUCCUGACCGGGCGGCUUUUUGGAUAUCCUGAGCAGUGGCGGCGGCGGCGGCAGUGGGAAAGUACACAUGUAGACUAGAAAAGAGGGCUUUAAACAGACGCGCAGAAAAUCCUGAUAAAUGUAUCUAACGCCAGCAAUUUGCACUAAAAUCUUCAAGCAGCUGGUUUUCUUCGUUUAGUCCCCUUCGCCCUGCCCGAGUAUGGAUUCCAGAUACAUUUUGGAGAAGCCGUUGACCGGGCCGAGGGUCGGUGCCGCGGACUUUAGCUGCCGGUCAGGCCGCACCGUGCUCCACACGGCGGAAAAGAGCGGUCCCGUCCCAUACAAACACGCAAUGGACGGCGGUGCCGCGGCGGCGAGAAGCGACAAGGUCUCUCCAAAAAGGAACGGCGUGUCUCCGGGGGUUCGGAUAUUACAAGACGUGGAAAAAAAUGGCCUGGGAGACCACAGAGACACUGGUUACACUGGUAUCCUGAAGAGGGCUAGUCCCACUCACUGCCCUGGCAUAAACAGGCAGUUGCCAUGUGGCUUCAUGCAUUUGGACAUCAGGAACCCAGGGAAACAGGCAGAUCUGGUCAACAGCUUCAGGGCAACACAAGGGCUGAAUGCACCACUGACAGAAAAACAACCCCUCCCCUCCACCCAUAUCCCUGUCCCCAGAAACAGGAACCCCUCAGGACAUGCUGAUAAGGAGGUGAUGGCUGCUACUGUGCUGACCUCACUGUCCACGUCCCCGUUGGUGCUCUACCCUUCUUCUGCACCCACAGUUCCAGAGCCGGCCAGCAGGGGUUGGAAAGAGGUGCUGUCGGCUAGCUACAGCAGUUCCACCAGUGGCAACUGGAGCUGGGAUGCCAGUGACCAGUCGGUGCCCUCCACACCUUCCCCUCCACUCUCCAAUGACACCAACAAGAACUUCCUGCUUUCAUCACAGGGCGACGAUGUCAACGAGGAUGUGACAGAAAGCCCUCACUUCAUGUUUGAGGACCCCAUACCUAGAAAGCGAAAGAACUCCAUGAAGGUGAUGUUCAAGUGCUUGUGGAAGAACUGUGAAAAGGUCCUCAGCACCUCCUCAGGGAUCCAAAGACACGUCCGCACCGUCCACCUGGGGAGAAACAGUGAUUCAGACUACAGCGACGGAGAGGAGGACUUCUACUACUCAGAGAUCGAGGUGAACAUGGACAGCCUGAGCGAGGGCCUGUCCAGCCUCACGCCCACCUCCCCCACCACGGCUGCCCCCCCGCCCGUCUUCCCUCCGCCGCUCGCCGACGUCCCUCACUCCGAGCACAUUAGCGUGAGCGCCUCGCAGAGCCACGCCCCGACUCUGCUGAGUCAGUCCGCUCCCUCCACACUCUGCCACAUCCGCACUGACCACGCGUACCAGGCCACUGCUCCAGUGAGUAUCCCAGUGGGUCCUGAGCUGGCUGGCUUAGGCAAUGGUAAUGGAACUGGGCCUGGAACUGGGCCUGGGCCCGGGAAUGCCAUCAGUGUGUCGUGGCAGUCCCCUCAUGUCAUUUUCAAAGGCGCCCCGGGCCCCGUGACUCACGUCCGGACAGUCAGCAUCGGUGAAAAGCGGCAGCCAGCAUCCAACACACACGCCACUGUUAACAAGAACCAUGCUUUAAUAACUCCAGCAGCUAAGUCAGCACCAGGAACCAGGAAACCCCGUGGGGAGGCAAAGAAGUGCCGAAAGGUGUACGGUAUGGAGAAGAGAGACAUGUGGUGCACAGCCUGUCGCUGGAAAAAAGCUUGUCAGAGAUUCACCGACUAAUCCGGCCCCUUCCCGCUUCGUGAGAUGAGCGCUUCUACACUCAGUGAAAGUGAGGGGGACUCUUCCACUGAGGAGACGAGGGGAGUUUCCUCCUGAUGGAGCCCUCUGCGCUGCUUCAGCCCGGCAGAGGCUUCGCCUUCUCUUUUCUAUUUCCAAACCGGUGGGUAAAAAUAAACAAACAAAAAAAACUCUCCGAAUGCAGGAGACUUUUUCCAAGACUAAGACAUUUUCACUCUCUUGAUGGAAAAAAAGGAAACGAUUGAAUUGAAUUCUGAAGGUUCUGAUUUGAUUUUUCUUUCGCCAUUUUCACAGCCUCAAUGCAAAGCACCAUUUAAAGACUAAUGAUACGCUUUUAUAGUAUACUCUGUCUUUGUUAUAGGAGCAUCCUGUAAGCUACUGCAUAUGGGGGGAGGUCACGGCUCUUUGUGGAGGUUCAAGGAUUAACACCAGAUUCGCCUGGUUAGGUCUUUGUAGCAUAUCCGUUUUUAGUUGCCACAGCAAUUUAUGUGAGGUCAGUAGAGAGUCUAACAGUGUCCUGGAUAUCAAAUGCAUAAACAAGUGUUAUUUUAUUUCUAAGGACCGGGUUAUGAGUCUGAUUGAGUACAGCCAGCCAUACUUUUAAUGCACAAACCCUCCCACCAGGAGCUUCAAACAUUUGCCUUGUCCAAAAAUACUUUUGAGAGAUACACAAUAUAUGAGAUAUAUUCCCUCUCUUCCAUUUUAUACUUGUGACCUAGAAAUAUGCACCUUGAAAAAAAUGUAGACACAGUAUCUGCCGGAGAGAAUAGGUCUCUAUGUCUUAUGCAGAGAUUCUUGUCAGCAGUUACUUGCUAAAGCAAAUAGUAGUUGCACUGUGCAAUCAGCAGAACAGCAUUUAAAUAUUGUCUUUCUUACUUUGUGGGUUUUUUGUAAAUGAGGUGAGCUGACUGUGUUUCUUACCUUUGAUGGCCAUAUGUUCUGAAAGAGCUGAACUGCCCUUAGAGUCUAUACCUUUAAAUGUAACACAUCAGUGUGGGUAAAAACACACAGUUUGUUACUCAACAAUCACUUCUGACAGUCAGUGAGUCAAACUGAUUCAUGUCCAAUGUUUAGAAACCGAGUGGGGCCAAGCUUUGGUCUCUGGACAAAUUAAUAUUGAAUAUUUGUAGAUAUAAACUCUUUUCUAGGAAUCAGUAAGUUUCCCCCAGAUCGUUAUUAGAUGCGGUGUUUAACAUUUUAUAAUAAUCAGUCAUCUAGUCCAGUCAAAAUAAAUGAAGUCAGUGCAGAUCAGAGGUGUAUGUGGUCAACUUUAUACUGACUUAUAGAACAAAGUAUCGCAAAUUCCCUUUAGAUUUGCAAAGUGGUGUUAUUUUACAAGGCCUGUAAAAGUAAAUGACAGUCCAGGUUCCCAAGCUUUAGAUAAAAUAUAGAUGGUGGCAUUUUAGAAAGUAAAUUUGUUACUGAUAAACCUUCUUUUAAUCAUAUUUGUUCAACAAAAGCACUAUUCUUUACAAAUGUUGGCCAAUCUAACAGCCUUUAAUUUAAACUAUGAAUUCUUAUUACUUCCCAAGAUAUAAAGCAAAGGACAGAAAUGCGUUUUGCUAAUGUUAACAAUCAAAGAAGCAGACAGAGCUGUGCAUUAGUGGCUUUAGGCCUAGUGUUCAGUAACUCCUGCAGUCACAGAGAUGAGCUUCUUUAUUUCCCCCCUCAUUAGUAGCAUGAACCUGCUGCUCUAAGUCGACUCCAACAUUAGCUAUAAAUAACACUUCUGAUGGAUUCAGGAACCACCUUUCCCCAUCGAGGCUUUAACAAUUUAUUUAAAUCAUUAAUUUGCCUUAAUGGGCUUCAAAGUGUGGACUCUGUGUGUCCUCGCUUCAGAUUAGAUGCCUCACAAACAAAAUGUGCUGAUGUGAGUCACGAUUUUAUUAUUUUGACCUGUGUGCUGCUUGUGAGCAGCUUUUCGAACGUAGAUUCUGUUUCGUGUCCUGGGCUCCUCAAGCACUCCUGAUAGUGACCUGACCUGAUCGUCAUAGCAACAAACGCAGUGCCUGUACUCCUCCGGGGAGCAGGCUAUCUUCAGCAGACACUUCUGGACCGAGGUACAGUGCGACAUCAGGCCUCUGUCGCCAUAGAAACACCUGCGCUGAGCUUCGUCGCAGAAAGCAGGGAAACCGAUGCAUGGCUGUUAAUCGGGGGCUUGAAGUCAGCGGGUGAAAAAGCAUCAGCGAGGAAGCCAUUCGUUUCUGAUUCACGCCACCACAUUGAUCUGAAAAUUAAUUAUCCUGCCAGUUGUUUACUCCACUAGUAUCGCAGAUAAGCUAGGUCUCCCUCUCAGCCAGGGCCGGCGGAGGUCGGCCUCUUCCUGUCUGAAACUUCACCAAGUGCCAAUGACUAGAACAGAAAACGGAAAAAGCUAAACUGACCUGAUGAAAUUGCACUACGUUGCACUGCGUAUAGACAUGUUUUUAUACAUGACAUUUUUUAUACACAAAUUUGAAUGAUUCAAACGAUGGGAGGGGAGGGGCGUGGUCACUGCCCGGUGGGGUCGAGGCUCGGGACCUCUGGGUCAUGCGGUGUUGAGCGUCUGGGCCGUGCUCUUCGGUCCGUGUGGUACAGGAACGUACAGCUGUGUACUCAGUCAGUCACUCCGCCUUCCCUUGGAGAGAUCCAAGGCCCGGAAACGGCGCCUGCCUUGUCUCAAUAACGAGACGCACCAGCCUCCCUCAGUAGCUACACCUCAUCAUCUUUAUAUUAGAUGCUUUACAGUCUUUUAUUGCCUGGAGGGUUUUUUUGUUUUUUUCCAUAAAGUUCAUCUUUGUGCUUCCUUUACUUAAAAAAGAAGAAAAAAAACAAGAUCAUGACUCUUUUAUAUUUUGCUGAGCUGAGGUAGUAACUGUGUAGAUUCUGUUAUUAGUGCUGGAUACCACUUUUAACUCCUUCAUCUCUGGUUUGGCCAUAGACCGGGGGCACGCAGCCCCUCAGCUCUCUCUCCAUCCUUAGUGUGAGCACUUUCUGUUUCCGCCAGCAGGGUUUGAGGCCGGCGCUCUGGGGCCGUUAGCGCGUGUGAAGCUAACGGGUUCCUGGGCACAGCGGCCGCUAUUCCACCUCUUUUUGAGUUGCACUAAACUGGCCCAGCAUCAUGAAGCGCGCGAGCGCCUCUGGGCUUCACGGCCACAAAGAAUUCUGGGUAUAAAGUUGAGCUUGUACACAGGCGUGGACAACAAAACCUUAUUGGUAAAUUAGCAAUUUAAGAGCUUUGACCCAGAAACUGAAAAGAGGAGAGUGAAGCUGUGUGUUAAUGGGGAAACCAGAGCUCUGCAGGAGACGGGAAGCAGACGUGAGACACAGUGACGAUACAGAUGGAUUUGCAGUUUCAGGGCUUUCUUGUACAUAUGCAACAUGAGAACUGUGUUGUUUUCUUUGUUGUUGUAUCUCUGUUAUAUGAAAAGGAAACGUUUUUUAUAGUACAGUUGCAGAAUAUUUUUUUUUCUUUUUUUUAAGUCAAUUGAAAAGCUAUAGUGGAACAUAACACGUAAAGAUUCAUUGUAUAUUGUAGCUUAGAAGCAAAGGGGAGAAAAACAACUUGUUGAAUGUAAAACCUACAAAAAGUCUUUUUGUGUGUGUUAUAAUUGCUGGCUUGUGUUCACUGCCUGGACUGAACCUGUAGUGCGUCCUCAAUUUUGCAUCCAAGUCUUUUAACACCCACAGACAACUGUCGCCACACAGCUAAAUCAUAUCAGAUAACACAACCAUGCAGUGUUGCUUUAUUAUACACCUACUUUGUGCAAUGAGAUGCUCACAUAAUGCACGAAGAGCGAACGUUUCUAGCCUGCACUCACGCACGCCGUUGCAGUCUUUUCCUCCGGGUUUGUGUGCUUUUGAUGUUAAGUUGUCGUUAGGCAGGAUGAUGUCCAGCUUUUUGGAAUCGUCCUCCUGCCCUGCACAUUCCAACACACAGCACGCUCUUAGUGUCUUCCACUUGUUUCCUAACACACGUAUUCCUCCUAUUUCCUUCAAACUACCGUGAUUAGUUCCGAUCACCUAGUGCUUUUCCGUUCUUGUGCUCUCCAGCUCUACUGUGGUGCCACCCAAGCCUUUACCCAGUGUAUUAAGCUAAACUAAACCCUUGAAAUGUGCAUUAAAAAUAGCCUUCAGUUUUUGUAUGUGCUACUUUCCUGAAUGUCAGUUUUCACUUGUGUUUACACCAGCAGCAGCGAAGCCAAUAGAUCUCCUUCCAAAUUAAAUGUAAUGCAUCGCGAUGGCAGCUCCACUCAAUUCUCAGCUUCUUCUCCUUUAUUUUGUCCAGGCUUUCACCCUGUGUCGAGCUUGUUUCUCAUGUGUUUUACUGAGCCUCACACUGGCUGGUGUGAAAACUGACUUCUGCUUCUUUUUGUUCUCUCUUUGAUUGAUUGGUUGUCUGGUUAAAUCUGAGGUUGUUGCGCUUGUUUAGCAUCGCUUACUUUUCUCCGUUUUUUUUGUAUUGUUAGGAGAUACAACACUGAAGGGUUUCAUGUGUUUUCCCUUUUUAGUAACUGAUAACUCGAGGCUGAUUUUGGUUUACCUCUAAAGAUGCUCAGAGAGUUUAGAGGGAAACGUGACGUCAGCCUUGAAUCUUGGGAGGCAGGAUUUUCUCGUGUGUGUGUGUGUGUGUGUGUGUGUGUGUGUGUGUGUGUGUGUGUGAGCUCGGCCUCUGGUCUUUAUCAGCAGUCCCACGCACCUGGAGGAAGCAGUUUCUAAUAAGUGGUGCACUCAAGGAGUAUUUGUGUGAAUGUCAAGCCUAUGAUCAGUGCUUGAGAAGAUGGAUGACCAUGUAUGAUGUCGAUAAUGUGAUCUAUGUGAUGUAAUGUGACAGAAAGAAAAUAAACAUGAAUGGAAGAAGUGUGA